GACACACUGAAUCGUGAGGAGGAGAAGUCAGUAAGUCCUCUCGAAGGUCUAACCAGGCACACGAUUACCUGGGUCUAACUACUUGUGGUCUGACGGAACCUUCAAUCAUGAAUGAACGCUUCGUGACCUUGCUCGCUAUCCUGUUCGUCGCGGGUUGGUAUGCGUGCGAGGGAGCACACUACAGAAAAGAACCGGCUGCUAGUCCGAGUGAAGGAUUGGACCUUCGCGGCGCGGAUCAAAGCCUAGAAGAGGAGCAGCCAAAUAAAAAUAGCCGAGAUGCGCUGCCAGAGAAACCAAACUUUAUCAUUCUGUUCGGAGAUGAUAUGGGAUACGGCGAUAGCAACAUGGACGGCCAUCCGACAUCCAGGACGCCGAACCUUGACCAAAUGGCCAGGGAAGGAAUGCGUUUCACUCAAUUCUACAGCGCAGCCCCUGUGUGCUCACCGUCACGAGCAUCCCUGAUGACCGGUCGGUAUUUCCCUCGUGCUGGCGUGUACCAGGAUCCGCAGAACAACAAAUCGACCGGUAUGUCAGUGUUCGGAACUAUGGGCAGCAAGGGCAUGUUGCUGUCGGAGAUCACCAUUCCGCAGGCGUUGAAGCCGCUCGGCUACGUCUCUGGAAUGGUUGGAAAGUGGCAUUUGGGCAUACAGCAUCCGUACCACCCAGUCAGCCGCGGCUUCGACAGCUACCUGGGAUGCCCAUUCAAUCUGAAAGGCUGCAACUCGACGAUUGUGAAUGGCACGGAGAGGACACCCAACUGCAUGGUAUUCAGUAACUAUACCAUAACGGAGCAGCCCGCAGAUCUGCUGAACAUUGAUGCACGCUAUGUGCAGAAUGUCAAGGACUUCAUCAACAAUAACACCGACAAUCCAUUCCUGUUCUACUUCUCCUCCUACCAUACACACCUGCCACAAUUCGCUUCCAGCAAGUACAUCAACACCACGCGGCGUGGACUGUUUGGAGAUGCGCUGGCGCAGUUCGACGGAGAUGUCGGCGAGAUUCUAUCCUUUCUCAAGGAGAAGGGCAUUGCAAACCGCACGUUCGUCGUGUUCACUGCCGAUAACGGACCGCAGCUGGCGUCAGACCUGCUAGGUGGCGAGCAGGGUCCGCUCAAGUGCGGCAAGGGGACGACGUACGAGGGCGGCGUGAGAGAGCCCGCAAUCAUGUGGUGGCCGGGCGUGAUCAAGGCGAACACGCUGAGCUAUGCCGUGGCUAGCACGCUGGACAUCUUCCCCACUGUGCUCUCCCUGGCCGGCGGCAAGAACCCGGAGAACGUCACCCUGGACGGAUACGAUCUGACGGAGCUGAUCACCGGUACUAAUCCCCAAGGACCGCGUGAUCACAUGUUCUACUACAGCGGCAAGUACCUGAUGGCCGCCCGUCUCAAUCAGUACAAAGCGCAUUUCUACACAAUGGGCAGUCACUGCGGAGAGGAUUAUCCAGAUGCAGACUGCCGUGGUAAAACAACCCUUAAAGUCCAAGAUCCGCCGCUGCUCUUUGACCUGGCCCGAGACCCCAAAGAGCGGCAGCCACUGCCCUUGAAGCAGUUUCAGGCAGUCCUGACGGUAAUCAGCGAUCUUGUAGCCGAGCAUAACAAAACUAUGACAUUUGGUCCGCCACAGAUCGGAAUCGAUGUGAGCAAAGACAAUUUCCCAUGUUGCAACCCGACCUGCACACCGCGUCCUGAAUGUUGUAAAUGCCAGUGACUUAGUGUGGUGCACGUGUGCAAUCUGCAGUUGUUUCAUGUAUGGUAUCAUAGAUUUACACUGUACAGUUAAACCGGUGACUAACGACCACCCGUUGGGGCCAGAAAAAGCGGUCUCUAGUGGCAGGUGGUCCUUAGUUAGAGGUUUGCACCACACAACCAUGUAUGAAUGUGAGACCGUC